AUGAUGAAUAGGCCAGAAAAAAGGCCUAAGGUGAAUUCUUUUUAUGAUCAUGAAGAUAGAGUUAACGAACGCGGUAAAAUGGAAGCAAUAAUAGACGAAUUAAAAGUAAUUAUCGGACAUAAUGUAGAAAUAGAGAUCCUUGAAUAUCUUGCUCAAACAUCCAAAGGUAAUAUUGAAUUGGCAUUAAAUAUGUAUUUUGAUAAAACAUGGGAAAAAAAAAAUCAAAAGGAACAAAAAUACAUAAAUCAGGAAUCUUUAAGCACAAAAUCAUGGUAUUUGAAAUAUAUUGGAAGUUUUGGAAUGGAAGGAUGGGCUAAUGUUUCUGGAACGGGUUUUUUAUCAGCAGGAGAAGUUGUUUUGCUUAAAAAACAAGAUAAGAUUAAUGAAAAAACUAAAUCAAGACAAUUUUUUCCAGAAUCAGUAUCAAGAAAACGAAAUUCUAGACAAAAUCUAUCAAGAAUUAUUAGAUUUUGUACAGAAAAAGGUAUAGAAAUAGGUCGUAUUCCUCAGGAAUCAGCUAUACAUAUAUCUACACUUCUUGAAUUUAAAACAUGUUCGUUCACAGCGUCAUGUAUUUAUGCCCCAGAUAAAAUAAAAAUAGGUGACAAGAUACUACUUCAAAUAGCAUGUUUUAUUCACAGACAAGCAUUUACGUCCAUGAAGGAGCCAUUAUUUUCUAGAGAAGACAAUAUUUAUAAGGUAUCUAUGACAGAAGAAAUACGUGAACAGCAUCGACAGGCAAUUCUAUGGCUUCUAACAAAAGUCGGACUUGAGCCAGAUGAUUCAAAGACUCCAGAUAGUAAAACUAUUUUUAAAGAAGUAAUUAAAGCGAGCAAAAACACGGGUCCGAUUUUAUCAAAAAUGGGGUACUUAGACCCUUUUGGAGAAAAUAGUUCAGAUCUAGAAGAAGAAAGUAAAGAACUUGAAAAAGAACAGAUUAAUUUUAUAUAUAAAAACACAAAAUCAUAUGAUCCCAAUAUGAAGGAAAUGUUACCUUCUUCUUCCUUUAACCUUGAACUCAAGUUGGAUUUUGGGAAUUCUGAUAACCGGUUUUAUGUUAACCCAUAUUCUGGCAAACUAACUCUUGAAUUUCCUAGAGCAGAUCAGGGCUUUUGUGGUGGAAUAUUAGCAGAUGAAAUGGGCCUCGGAAAAACCAUAGAAAUUCUUAGCCUUAUUCAUUCUAACAAACCAGUGGCAUCAUUAAAUUCUACACCAUUUAUUAUAAAUUCCAAUGCAUCUAUUCAAUCAUGUCGAACUACAUUAGUUAUUGCACCUUUAUCUUUGCUUGAUCAAUGGCGUUCAGAAGCAGAAAUUGCUUCAAAACCAAAUAGCUUGAAGAUUCAAAUUUAUUACGGAACAGAUAAAUCUAUUGAUGCUUUGGUACAAUGCCAAACUAGCAAUCAGCCAGAUUUACUUAUAACAAGUUAUGGUGUUGUUCUUUCUGAAUGGUCACAAAUGACUACAAAUAACAAAGCUUUCUUUAAUUUGUUUUCAAUUGAUUUUUAUCGAGUAGUUUUGGAUGAAGCACAUUAUAUAAAAAAUAGACUUAGCAAAACAGCAAAAGCAUGCUCUUCUUUAAAUGCAAAAAGACGAUGGGUAUUAACUGGAACACCAAUAGUAAACAAAUUAGAAGAUCUUUUUAGUCUUAUUCAUUUUUUAAAAAUUGAACCUUGGGGAAAUUUUGUAUUUUGGAAAACUUUUAUCACUAUUCCAUUUGAAUCAAAAGAUAUACCUCGUGCACUAAAUACCCUUCGUAUGAUUUUUGAAAAUCUGAUUUUACGUCGGACAAAAACAACAAAAGAUAUACAUGGUAAUUUGAUUAUUGCACUUCCUUCUAAAGAAAUUAUGACAAAAGAGAUUAUCCUGUCCCUUAAAGAGAGAGAGAUAUAUGAUUUUAUUUAUACUAAAGCGAAACAGGCUUUUAUUGAGAACUCAGCAGCAGGCACUAUAUUUAAGAAUUAUAUAACAAUUUUAACGAUGUUAUUGCGUUUACGUCAAAGUUGUUGUCAUCCAUCACUAAUUAAACAUGGUGAUAAAAGUGAUUUUCUUGAUUUACCUUUUGAUAAAGAUAUUAAAAAUUCCAUUAAUACCGAUGAUAUCAUAGAUCUUAAAGAUCUAAUCGAACCUUUUUGUAAUCAAGAUAUUAAAAAACAGAAUACAGAUGCAUAUAGAACUUGCGUUAUCAAAAGUAUAUUAGAAAAAACACAGAAUGAGUGUUCUAUUUGUUCCGCUAGUCCUAUAGUUGAAGAAGCUAUCACAUCAUGUUGGCAUAUGGCAUGUAAAUCUUGUCUUAAAAAGCAUAUAGAGUUUCAAAAAUCUCAUAACAAAAAACCUUUAUGUCAUAUAUGUCGAUCACCAAUUGAUGAACAAAAUAUUUAUGAAAUUAUUCGAAAAGGAACUCAGGGCGUCGCUGAUAAUAAUUCUCGUAUAGAAUUACGUAAAUUUACGUCAAUUUCAUCCUCAAAAUUAGAUGCAUUAAUUAAACAAUUGUUUGCAUUAAAAAUGUCAGAUCCUUAUGCUAAAUCAAUAAUAUUCAGCCAAUUUACAGCAUUUCUUGACCUAGUAGAAGUAUUUAUAAAGCGAGAUAAUUUUGAAUUCCUUCGUCUAGAUGGAGGAAUGUCAAUGAAAGAACGCUCAAUCGUUUUAGAAAAAUUUCGCACAGAAAAAAAAGGGCUAAUUUUAUUAGUUUCUAUAAAAUCUGGUUCUGUUGGUUUAAAUUUAACAGCAGCGUCCUGGGUUUUUAUUCUCGAUCCAUGGUGGAAUUUUGGUAUGGAAAAUCAAGCUAUAGACAGGGUGCAUCGUAUAGGCCAAACAUUGCCUGUCAAAGUUGUACGUUUUAUUGUAAAAGAUUCAAUAGAAGAAAAAAUGAUUGAGAUCUGCAAGAGAAAACUUAUGCUUGCAGAUAUUUCUGUUAUGGAAUAUCAGUCACGUGAUGAUGUAACAAAACAGCGUUUAGAAGAAUUACAAGCACUUUUUGAGUAG